AAAUAAAUUCGGUAGUAAAUGAGAUACAGGCAGAAUAUAUGACCAGCAUCUGCCUACAAAUUACCUCUUCUCCCAAGAGUGCCAAAAACCCUGACAGCGUGGCAACUCAUGUGAUAAAACUAUAUACAGAGUCAAAUCCUGAGGCCCAUGUCCAUCUACAACAUGGAACCUUGAAAGGACUAACUUUAAACAAAGAAAAGCUUUACCAGUACCAGCUCUGGAAGGCAUAUGUUGAAGGAUCAAACUGGAAUUUCUCUAGAAAGGAUAACUCCGAAUACAUCCUUCUGAAAGAAACCGUAAACACCAAGAUAUAUUGGAAAAAUUUUAUGGGAAAUAAAUUCCAUCCUUUCCCCAUUGAAGCCAGUCCUUUACUAGUAAAGAGAUUUGAAAAGGAAAGGAUAUACAGAGAAAUCUACGAAGAAACAGGAAGCCAUGGACAAGGAACACCUGGAUCUUCUUUUCCCUCAGACAAUGAAGACUCUGAUCAAAUCCUUGAAGAAGACCAAGAAGACUUAACGUCCACUAUGGUCUCCAGAAAAGGACAAUAGAGAAAGUUUUACCUGUGACACAGUAAUUUUACUCUUAUCUGAGUAAUAGACUGAAGGGUAAAGCAACACAGUUAUCACAUGACCGACACUACAAGUAACCGGUCAUUUAGAACCGGUUCAACAGGUUACAAGUCAAAAUUUUUUCUAUAAAAGAGUCUGUAAGACCCUUAUGCUGGGCAAGAAACUCAAAACCUCCCCCUCUCUCUUAACCUUGCUUACUCUUUCCUCUGCCUUCUCUCUACAAAUCUCUCUCUCUAUCUUCCCCCCCUUGUAUACUUUGCUUUCAAUCAUAAAUAAACGAGGAACUUCAGAUCUCUCCCCUCUCCCACUGGAACCUGAGUAAGUCUUUAUGGAGUAGUUUCCUUUUAGGCAUCUACGGAUGCCCUGAGUAAUAUUUAUUAAAAAGAUGCGAUAAUCAUUUAAAGGCUUAAAAACAUAUGAUGCACAUAAUUUAUUCUUUCUGUUUACUUUUUUUCUGUUUAUAUCUUGUCUUUCUGAGAAUAAAAUUUAUGAGAGAAUAUCUAACCUGCUUUGCAAGAUUUAUAUUCUCAUAAGUUUUACCUCUUUUAUGUUUAUAUUCCCCUCUUCUCUUUUCUCAUAUCUUGUCUUUCUGAGAAUAAAAUUUAUGAGAGAAUAUCUAACCGGCUUUGCCAGAUUUAUAUUCUCAUAAGUUUUACCUCUUUUAUGUUUAUAUUCCCCUCUUCUCUUUUCUCUGGUAUCAGAGCGAGAAAUCCUUGGAUACCUUUUAGAAUAUCUGUGUAAUUGAAGUGGUGUGUAUUCGCUAGGAUACCCUUUGUAGAUCGGGCAUGUUAAGGCCAGUAGAGCCGACAGAACUAUAAGUCCCAGAUGAUCUCUCUUUGUGGGUUGAGGAAUACUUUGCAUAUUGCGGCACUCUUUACACUUAUAUUUUCUUUUAUAUGUUUUUAAUCUAACAGAAACAAUCAAACAAUGCGCGUAUUCUAGGUUAUAUUGCUUGUAGUGGCCAUAUAACUACGGAGCAUAUAUUAAGAGGAGUGUUAACAACACUUGGGUAUAACAACCCCUUGGCUCGCAGUUGAGGUACACGAAGUCAGAUUUGUUUUUAAAAAAAAAAAAAAAAAAAAAGGAGUUUUUGAGCCUUAUGAUUAUUUAUAUUCUUUUAUAAGUAUUACUCUACAGUGUAUUCCGUAGAUUCCUGCCUCUCCUACUACUGCUUUUCCGCUUUGCCUGCUUACUACUGCUUUGCUCAAGUUACACUGCUCUCUUAUUUUACUGUUUUAAAAUAUUUGUUUUUAUUAUGGAUAACAUACAGCCAUUUUUGGGCUCCGACUACAAAUCAGCGUUAACCGCUGUAGAAAAAAUUACAAGCUCUCCUCCUGUAGGAUAUAAAAAACCUACUCCAGAGGUAGACCCUGUACACACAGUCCUUAUAGGACAAAAUAACACUAUAAUAGCUCUUCUAGAAGAAGUUUCUAGAAAAUUGAAUCAUAUUAUUGAUUCUACUAAAAAGACAAACAUGUCCAAAGACAUGGAUGGUCUUAUAAAGCAAAUAUCAAAACUGUCCCUAGGGACACAUACACCUAUAAAAACAACUUUUAAAAAUUCACAAAAGUUUAUCAAAGUGAUAACCAAAAAGGAUUCAAAAGCUGCAAGUACCAACGCAGCACCCUCUUCAAACAGUAAUAAUAGUUUGUAAUGAUAGCACAAACCAAUACCUCUACACAAACACAAACUGAUAAUAUUAAUAUGAAUAGUACAACAGAAACUAGUAGCACACAAAGAUUCCCUGGAACCCCCAGAAGACUAAGGGAACAUCAGACUAGAAGUCAAAAUCUUAUACAACAUCCAGGAAUCUUAGAUAGAUUCUUAAACAGACAAACAACUACUAAUGUUAGAAGAUUAGAAGAUUUAGUAGAUAUACAACAAAAUACAGAUAUAGGAUCUAACUCAAGGAUAGAUUCCUUGAAUCCUAGACAAUUAUACAACAUAGGGUGGUUGAGUUCUGAACGAACCAGCCUUUACCGAUAUAGGAGAAUAGAAGAUUUUCAUCUCCCUGACAACACCUAUGAGAUAAUCCCACUAAUAUCUCCACAAACAGGAAGACAAUUACUAAACCAACAAGGAAGAUAUGUCCACAUGGGAUUAAUUACCAUUGGAGUAAGAUCCUUAGCCAGACAUAUGAUCGGAGCUAGAGCUUUGAUAGUUCUACACGAUUCAAGAUUUCAAAAUAAUGAUUCACAAAGUGUAAUAGGGAUUUUAGAGGUAGACCUAAAUCAACCCUUUUCCCUUAUUUAUCUUGCUCCAAAUUUCACACUAACUUUACAAGAUUUUAUAAAUCACAUAAACUUGGAAGUACAAACAAUAGGUUUUGGACCCGAUUGGAUGGGUGAAAAUCUACAUUUAGAUAUAACCUUCAUAGGAAGAAUAAGUAAUCAUAUUUCUUCCAUGUAUAGGAUAAAUACUAGACCAUUAGAAGAAGCCAUUAGUUCUCAUGUACACAAUUCUUACCUGCUCAAGCCUUCACAAGAAGAAAUGAAGGACAUUUAUGGCAAACACAUUUACCCAGAGAAGAAAAUAACUCAAUUACAGCCCCUUCAUCUGCCAUCUUACACAACAGGUCUAGAGGACUUAGUCUAAGUUUUGUGGAUUAUACAAAUAUACCACAAAUUGACUUAGAACAAGAUAGGGUAGUUGAAAAUAGGUAUAGAACCUCAGCCAUACCUGAUAACGAACACAUUUCCAUGAUGAAUAUCUUACAAUACGAAGAAGAUGAAGAUGAUGAAAUGACUGAAGAAGAAUGGAAUCAUCAUCAAAAAAUUAUCGCCAUGUAUAGACAAGGAUAUUUGAAUCCCUCUACAAACACAAAUACUGAAAAUAUUUAUGAUGAGACAGACGAUAUCAUAAAUAAUUUCCUUGACAACUUGAAUCUAGACAAAGAAGAUAGCUCUUCAGUAAUAUCAGAACCUUUAUCUACAAUAGGUUUCGUCAAUACAAGUGUAGGAUCAGUAAACCCCAACAGUUAUCAGUUAGAUCAUGGUGGUACACAAGAUUAUCCUACUGGGUUCAUACCUAGAGAAUCCCCAACAAGUGUUAUCCUUUCAGAUAAUCAAUAUACAACACAGGGAAAAAGACUUCCAAUAGAACCAAAUUUCCCAUUACCAAAUCUUUUAUUAAAUAUAGGAGGAAUUGACCCUCAGUUAUUACCAACAUACAUUGAACAAUGGACUGCUACUGUAAUCCGUGAUUAUGGUAUCCAUUACGAAAAAGAAGUUCAAUCUUCACAAGAAAUGAUUGCCAAAGGUGAAACCUAUUUAGGUGAUAUAGCCAGAGCAUGUUGGGAAUCUUUUAAACAAAAAUACCCAACAGAAUUAAAUACAUUAGUGAUCGAACCUGGUCCUAAUAUUUAUAAUUUUUGUUCUGAGUUUCUUGCCCAGCAUAAGGGUCUUACAGACUCUUUUAUAGAAAAAAUUUUAACUUGUAACCUGUUGAACCGGUUUUAAAUGACCAAUUACUUGUAGUGUCGGUCAUGUGAUAACUGUGUUGCUUUACCCUUCAGUCUAUUACUCAGAUAAGAGUAAAAUUACUGUGUCACAGGUAAAACUUUCUCUAUUGUCCUUUUCUGGAGACCAUAGUGGACGUUAAGUCUUCUUGGUCUUCUUCAAGGAUUUGAUCAGAGUCUUCAUUGUCUGAGGGAAAAGAAGAUCCAGGUGUUCCUUGUCCAUGGCUUCCUGUUUCUUCGUAGAUUUCUCCGUAUAUCCUUUCCUUUUCAAAUCUCUUUACUAGUAAAGGACUGGCUUCAAUGGGGAAAGGAUGGAAUUUAUUUCCCAUAAACUUUUUCCAAUAUAUCUUGGUGUUUACGGUUUCUUUCAGAAGGAUGUAUUCGGAGUUAUCCUUUCUAGAGAAAUUCCAGUUUGAUCCUUCAACAUAUGCCUUCCAGAGGUGGUACUGGUAAAGCUUUUCUUUGUUUAAAGUUAGUCCUUUCAAGGUUCCAUGUUGUAGAUGGACAUGGGCCUCAGGAUUUGACUCUGUAUAUAGUUUUAUCACAUGAGUUGCCACGCUGUCAGGGUUUUUGGCACUCUUGGGAGAAGAGGUAAUUUGUAGGCAGAUGCUGGUCAUAUAUUCUGCCUGUAUCUCAUUUACUACCGAAUUUAUUUCUUGGGUAAGAGAGUUGAACUUUUCGGUAGGGGGGAUGAUAAGUGUUUGGAGACAUCCUGCCUCUAAUAAUAGGGAAGGACAUAUAAUCACGUCUCUGUAUAGUUGGUUUCUGAAGGUCUUUAAAUCAAUUUGGGCCUUCCUAAAGAUGAACUUGAUCUGGCAAGUACAUUUGGUGGAUACUGUUUUACAAUAGUCAGAGGACUCUUGACACAGUGUCUUUGUAUCAAAAUAUGUUUGGGGUUUAACAAAUAAACCGUUGUAAUUUUGUGUUUCAGCAUGUACUUCAAACAAGAAUUCUUGUAUGACAUCAAAUUUUGCGAGGAAAAUGUUUGGGUUUAUUUGUGGUGAAAAACUGCAAGAGGCAGCAUAGGUAUGUGUUUGGGUUUUGGGUUCGAAUGCCAUUCCCGUCUUUAUCUUUUCUUCGUCAAUAGUUCCUAGUUUUAAAGUCAUUUGAGCUUCUUCUAGGGAAUUAAAACCUUUGUAUGUAGACCAGAAUUGGUCCUGUUUUGCCUCAGAGAGGUCUUUGUAUGAAGUAUAAACUCCUUUGUUUGGCCCUGUAAUUAAGGCAUAAUGUGUAAAUCCUUUCCCAGAGGGAGAGGCUGAUGAAGUUAAUAAAACUCCUUUGUUAUCUGCAUUGCA